AUGUCAAGACCCUCACCACUCUCCAUGCUGCUCUCAGCAUUGGCAUUCGCCCUCCUCCUCAUCCUCACCCUCAGCACCACCCCGGCGGAAGCACACAUGAUCGAACUUCUGCCACACAGCAAAGAAUGUUUCUUCGAAGACUUGCAUCAUGGUGACCAAAUGACUCUAACCUACCAAGUAGGAGGAGGAGGACAUCUCGACAUCGACGUUGUUCUGUACGAUCCAAAAUCGCGUCCAUUGUUCAAGCAAGAUCGCAAAGACACCGGCACAUAUUCGUUUACAGCUCAGGAUGACGGUCGAUACACAUACUGCUUCUCGAACGAGUUCAGUUCGAUUUCGGAUAAGACAGUCAGCUUCAACGUGCACGGAAUCAUAUAUGUCCCGGAUGAAGGGGAUAUGUUGCCGAUUGAAAAGGAGAUUAGGGAUUUGGCAGCAGGGUUGCAGGCGGUGAAGGAUGAACAGGAGUAUCUGGUCAUUCGUGAAAGAGUGCAUCGUAACACCGCUGAAAGCACAAACACCCGUGUCAAGUGGUGGUCCAUCAUUCAAGGCUUCAUCCUAGUUGCUGUAUGCUCUUGCCAGAUUUACUUCGUCAAGCGUCAAUUCGAGGUUCGAAGGGUUGUCUAA